UUAGAUGUGUUUAUCCUUUGAGUGUUGGGAACUCUGUGUUUUGAGAUAUGCUAAAGCUGAUACUGGCCUCUGUGAUGCUUGUGUGAGGAUUGUUUUGUCUUCACGUCUGGUGUGUUUCUGCUUUAUUUCAUAGGAAGGACUUUCAUUUUUACUCUGAUACUCAUAGGGGACAAUAACCUUCAUAGAGGGCUAGAAAUGGAAAAAAAAAGAUCUCCCAAUGUAUUCAUUCUUGGUGACUAAUACUCAAGUGAUCGCAGCUGAUUACCUUAUUCAUUUCAUCUUGUUCAUGAAAAUCUCUCAAUUGAUUUGCAAGCAAAUUUGCUUAAUGAUGUCACAAGGAGGAUGUGGGUAUUAUUACAUUGGCGUCAGACAUCCAUUCAACACGUUUUCCAUGUGGUGGCAAUAAAACUUGCCUGAAAGAAGGUGUGAUCAAAUUGAGCAGUCUAAAUAUAAGGAGCUGCAAGAGAAGAGUCAGCCAAUGUGACUUGCAUUGAUGAUGGGAACUGUGGCAGCCAUGAGGUGGAAAUGUGUCACUUUCUAUUUUCUCACUUUGUUUGUUGUCACUGAAGUCAAGGCCAGACUGGUCAGCAACCAUGUCAGCAGUAUCUGCAGCACAUGGGGGAGAGAGCACUUUAAGACAUUCGACGGCGACGUUUACCAGUUUUCCGGCGCGUGCGAGUACAACCUUGCUUCCGACUGCCACGAGGCCAUGCAGGAGUUCUCGGUGCAUAUGAGGAGGGAGCAGAAUGAUGGGAACCCCACUGUGGCUUAUGUGGUGGUCACGAUCAACGACCUUGCUUUCCACCUCACCAAGGAAGCGGUCACGGUGAAUGGACAAAC